AUGGAGGAGAGGCAGUCUGCCAGUGACGGGUUCGCCGACAAUCCGAGAGGAGAGGACGACUUCAGGAGCUGCUGCGGGGACGAGGAGGAGUGGGAGGACACGGAGGAGUCCUUCACGGCCGGCAUCACCGACGAGGAGCUUAACGAGACCUCGGUCCGCCUAUUCUUCAAGGGCGUGUCGUCGAGCUCGGACGACGCCGAGGGGAAGAAGCUGUCUGGGAUUGGCGUGGUGAUGGAGAGGGCACCAGGGGUGCCUGUUCUCAGGGUGCAGAAGAAGCUCGACUUCUUUGUGGACGAGCUGGUGGCUGAGCACCUGGCACUGAUGGAUGGCCUGUCUGUUGCGUUGCAGAAUGGCAUAACGAAGAUCUUCGCCUUCACCAAUUCGGAGAAGUUGUACUUUCAGAUAGCAGAAGCUGAAAUUCUCGAAGACCAGCUUUUAGUAGCUUUAGGACACAGGAUUCUGGAACUGGUCGAUAAGCUGGAAGACUUCGAUCUAAUACUGCUUCCUAGCUUCGAACUCGAGAGGCCCUUGAAGUUGGCCAAAGAAGCAAUAGGCGUCAUGUAUGUAUCUCCCUACGAGGUCGUCACCUGCCCAAUAUGCUGCGAGGAAAGACGGGGUUCCCAGAUGAUCAAGGUGGGCUGUUCCCACACAUUCUGCUACAGCUGCUUGAUAGCCUAUGUCGAGGAAAAGCUGCACGCGUCAAAGCUGCCUAUAAGAUGCCCGCAAUUAAGGUGUAAAUAUCACAUUUCAGCUGGUGAGUGUAAAUCGUUCCUGCCAGUUAGCAGCUACGAAUCCCUGGAGAGGGCUUUUGCAAUGGCUGGCACGUCGGUGAUGGAAAGAUUUUAUUGCCCCUUUCCGAACUGUUCGGUUUUAUUAGACCUUAGCCAGCACUUCUCGAGGGCAAGCUCGUCUAGUCAGUCGGAUCUCAACUGCAUCGAGUGCCCAGAAUGCCAUGGGGAUAUCUGUAUCAACUGUGGAGUGCCGUGGCACAUCAUGAUGGGCUGCGAUGAGUACCAGAGCCUGCCCCUUGAGGACAGAGACGCGGGAGACUUGUCUUUGCAUCGGUUGGCACAGAACAAUAGAUGGAGGCGUUGCAACGGGUGUCGAAGCAUGAUCGAGCUCACGCAAGGCUGCUUCCAUAUGACUUGCUGGUGUGGCCAUGAGUUCUGCUACUCCUGUGGUGCGGAGUACAACCGCGGCGUGCAGACAUGCCAGUGUGUCUUCUGGGACGAAGAUAGCAUCGCCGAGCCCUCGGCGGCACAGUCAUGCCAGGCGUCCGAGAUCUGGGCAUGGGACACAUUUGACUGCAUGCCCACGGCCAUCGAGGGCUACUCGGAGCAGGAGAGGGCGCAGCUGGCGCUUAUCCAGCGGUUCCUCGCAGGUGGGUUCAGCCUUGGGGGUGACCACCACCCGAGUCAGAGUCAGUCACCGCCCCGAUGCGCAGACUCAUACGUUGUCGACACCAUGAAGGACCUCCACCAGCUGCCAUGGCUCGAGCGGUUCGUGUCGGUGAUCAGCGACAGCUACAACGACGAUUACAUCCAGUGAAUGAAGAAUUUGAACAUCAUAGAUAACAUUAGAGAGAAAAGAAUAUGGCACAUACUGAUUUCCAGUCGGAAUAAUGUGUUCACAUGAACCUGUCGAAAAUUGACAAGGAAAAAUUAUAUGCAUCUAUACCUUUGCUUGGCUUCCCUUUA